GAAAAAUCAUGGUUCUGGAUUUAGCUGGGCGCUGCCUCUUCACUUCUGAUUGUCGGUGUCCUCCAGCAGCUAAAUUGACCUGAUCUGAGAUCAGUAUGCAGUCAAGUGUUUUAUAAUAUAUUGUCGUUGUUUAAUGUUCCUCUUCCAGCAACAGAAGAACCUGGAGGGAUAUGUGGGUUUCGCAAACCUCCCCAACCAAGUGUACAGAAAAUCGGUGAAGAGGGGCUUUGAAUUCACCCUCAUGGUUGUCGGGGAGUCUGGUCUGGGGAAGUCAACGUUGAUCAACUCCUUGUUCCUGACAGACCUGUAUUCUGCGGAGUAUCCUGGCCCUUCCCACAGAAUCAAGAAGACAGUACAGGUGGAACAAUCCAAGGUGCUAAUAAAGGAAGGGGGGGUCCAGCUUCUCCUUACAAUAGUCGACACCCCAGGAUUCGGUGAUGCAGUGGACAACAGCAACUGCUGGCAGCCCGUCAUCGACCACAUCGACAGCAAGUUUGAGGAUUACCUCAACGCCGAGUCCCGCGUCAACCGGCGUCAGAUGCCUGACAGCAGGGUGCACUGCUGCCUGUACUUCAUCGCCCCCUCAGGACAUGGACUCAAGCCACUGGACAUUGAGUUCAUGAAGCGGUUACAUGAAAAGGUGAACAUCAUUCCCCUCAUCGCCAAGGCGGACACACUGACUCCUGAGGAGUGUCAGCAGUUCAAGAAGCAGAUCAUGCGUGAAAUCCAGGAACACAAAAUUAAAAUCUACGAGUUCCCAGAGACGGACGACGAGGAGGAGAACAAGCUGGUGAAGAAGAUCAAGGAUCGCCUCCCUCUGGCCGUCGUCGGUAGCAACACCAUCAUCGAGGUCAACGGGAAGCGCGUCCGAGGGAGGCAGUACCCCUGGGGCGUGGCAGAAGUGGAGAACAGUGAGCACUGCGAUUUCACGAUCCUCCGGAACAUGCUAAUCAGGACCCACAUGCAGGACCUGAAAGACGUGACCAACAACGUCCACUACGAGAACUACAGGAGCCGCAAGCUGGCGGCCGUCACCUACAACGGCGUGGACAAUAACAAGAGCAAGGGUCAGCUGACCAAGAGCCCAUUGGCACAGAUGGAAGAGGAGAGGAGGGAACAUGUGGCCAAGAUGAAGAAGAUGGAGAUGGAGAUGGAGCAGGUGUUUGAGAUGAAGGUCAAGGAGAAAAUUCAGAAGCUGAAAGACUCUGAGGCAGAGCUGCAGAGACGUCACGAGCACAUGAAGAAGAACCUGGAGGCUCAGCAUAAGGAGCUGGAGGAGAAGCGGCGGCAGUACGAGGAGGAGAAGACCAACUGGGAGGCACAGCAGCGGGUGCUGGAGCAGCAGAAGCUCGACGCCUCCAGGACCUUGGAAAAAAACAAAAAGAAGGGGAAGAUAUUUUAAAGUCUUUGAGGGCCCCACGAUUUGAGGGCCCCACGAUUUGAGGGCCCCCACGAUUUGAGGGCCCCCAUGCUUUGACGUACUGGUGCCAACGUACCAGCCUGGACCUCAGCGCAUCUGUCCACCAACGACACGGCUCUCUGCAUGAGGAGAGGGCCGGAACGCUGCUGUCUGUGGCCCCCCCCACCCCCUAUUACCC